AUGGCGAUUUCUACUGAAAGAUGCUUGGAAAUGCUUAAGGAGCUUCAUCAAAUGAAGUUACAGUUGGAUUCCUGCAGUGAAAUCCUAAAAAACCUGAACAAUUGCACUAUAAAAAGUGUGAUGCUCAAGCGGAAUGGAAGUGUCCGCGGUAGGAAGAAUUUGGUGAAAAAGGCACUGCUCAAGCUGGACGAUCGUUCGAAAAAUGCUGGAAAUUCCGGAGUUAUAGUGUAUUUGACGUCAUGUGGGGUGUUAAGGAGGUCCUAUGAUAGGUGCAAAAAUGUGACCCAACUCCUAGAAGCCUUCCGAGUCAAAUACGAGAUUCGAGAUCUCAAUAUCAGCAAUUUCCACGUGGCAGAGUUAGCCGAAAAGCUGAAAUUAAAUGUGGAAUUUCAAAAGGAUUUGAUUUUCGAUUCCCUACCACUGAUCUAUGUGGAUGGCUAUUUUUUGGGGAAUGAAAAGACGAUUGUGGAGCUGAAUGAUGUAAAAUUACUGGACAACAUUUUGGGGAAAUAUCAGAAUCAGGCUCCAAGUUCUGUGUGCUCAGAGUGUGGAAAUCGGGGAUACAUUGUGUGUCGAAUGUGCCACGGGAGCCGCCGGCGGCACCAGCAAAAUGCCACGUCAUCUGUUGAAAAUCCAUUUGGAUUGGUUUUAAGGUGUUCAAGUUGUGAUGAAAAUGGGAUCGCCCGAUGUGAAAAAUGCAGAAAUUAA